AUGUUUCUGUCUGUACCCACACUGACUGCCCUUGUCCCUCUGAUCUCUUUAGCUGGACUGUUUUACUCUGCAUUUGUAGAAGAAAACUUUCCCCAUAGUUGCACCAGCACCAGCAGCCUGUGCUUUUACAGUCUUCUCUUGCAGAUUACCAUCCCAGUGUACGUGUUCUUCCACCUCUGGACUUGGGUGGGUAUCAAGCUGUUUAGACACAAUUAA